AUGGCAAGCAAAGCAGUGCGCCGCUUCGCUACCGCUGCCGUCCGUGCCGCUCCCGCCCCAAAAGUAGCAGCAGCAGCGAAGCAGCAGCAGCAACAGCACCAUCUCGAGCUGCUCCUCGAGCAGAGCAUCGUGCGCUGCGACGCGUCGCGCGCGCUCGCGACGUUCGACAAGCUCCAAACAACGGACCACGCACAUGGCUACAGUCUUGCGGGGCGCGUACCGUUACUUCAGCGCCUCGCGCUGCUCCUCUCCAAGCACGGCCGGCCACACGAAGCGCUCCGAGCAGCUCCGAUCCUGUCGUCCAUCCUGCGCCAGGCGCCGCCUCGCGGCCAGGCUGACGAUCGCUUGCAAGUGGCGGUGCUUUAUACCCUGGACGCCUGUCUCGAGCAGCAGCGGCAGACGAGACGGGGACUGGACGAAGCCCUCGUGCUGUACGCAGCCGCUACGGAGCAGCAGGUGCUGCUGGACUUGCCGGCUCUUGAGGCGCUCCUUCAGGCGCUCGUGGACGCCCGUCGAGUGGACGAAGCGGUCGUGCUGUUGCACAACGUCGUGGCCCAGCACGACAGUGUGCGGCCGACCGAACGCACGUGCGAAGCUGUUUUGGUGGCGAUGAUGCAGCAGAAGAGGUACGAGGAGGUCGUGGACGUGAUUGAGCAUGGACGAGCUCAUGCCGUGGCGUUUUCACCAGAGACGUACGAUGUGUUGGUGGAUCUGUCGCAAGAGCAGUAUACGGCCGCGAAUGUCGAGAGACUAGGCAAGUUUAUGGAGUAUGUGAACGAUGCUUUGAGAGCAGAUGGAUACUGGGAGGAAGACGACGAGGAUGACGAUAGCGACGACGAAGUUGGUGGAGAUGAUGAUGAUGACGACGACGACGAUGGAGUUGUAUUUGACGACGAUGAGUUUGAUGACGACGAGUUUGACUAG